AUGAAGUUCUUCAGGCGCAAGGACAAGCGCAAGAACGGCGGCGACAGCAGCCACAGCCGGAUGCCGGGCUUUGGCAGCAGCACGAGUGGAAAGCAGACGACUCCGGCCUACGGCGGGCACGGUUAUGGCAACUCUCGGUCUGAUGACUCCCGGGCCUUCGGCUCUUCCCCGUCCGGCUCCUACAACCCGAGAUCAUACGCGCAGUCCAACCACUUCCAACCCAGGCCAACUCGCGCUUCAGCCGCCGUCCUUGCCCAGUUUCCGGAAGCCAUCUUCGAGCGCAUCUUUGCCUUCGUCUGCCCCCAUACGCGCGACGAAAGCUACGCGACCUGCGAGCAGAGCUCUGUCGAGGAUGCAUGCAUGCUGUGUGACCUGCGCGACCUCGCGCAUUGCGUCGCUAUCUGUAGGAGGUGGAAGGCAGAGGCUGUCAAGCUGCUAUACCACAGCAUUCGCAUCGACAGCGUCCACUACUGCGAUCUCGAGGCCAUCCUAGCCGAGCGCCGGAAACGACGGUCCUCUUUCUUCGACCGCAAUGGCGAGCCCGAGGACCCGGCUCAGGCUCGGCUGAAGCUCCUCUGUCGGACGCUUCGCGAAGACCCAGUGCGCCGCGGCCGGCUCGUCCAAUUCCUCAAGAUGCCCUACAUGCUGCGCGAAGCCUGCCAGGCCGAUUUGGCCCGGACCAUCGCUGUGACGCCCAAUCUGCACUACGUCGACUUGCCCGAGGGCCUCUUCACCGACGAACCGGCCUUCCUGACCCUCCGGCUAGAGGUCCAAGCGCGUUGCCUCGAAUUGCGCAAGAUGACGUACAUGGGAGGUUCGGAAAACAGCUUGCAGACGCUGGCGACGGGGAGGGUGUGGACCAAGCUCGAAGUGCUGGAGCUCAUCCGGAUAGAUAUGGAGCCCUCCAUGCUGCGCCACGUGCUUGGAUAUUUGAGCAACCUCCGGGCCCUGAAGAUCAGCCAGACGCCAUCAUUUACCGACGAGGCGCUGGCAUGGAACGAGAUGCUGCCGCCUUUCCCUCCCGUGGAGGAGUUUAUUCUGACCAAUAUCCCCAACGUCACGUCCGAGGGCCUCAAGGCAUGGCUGGUCCUGCCCGAGGCGCGGCAGGCGUUGAGGGUACUCACCCUGAACGGAACGGGCGUCCGCGCAUGGUCGUUGCAGGACCUUGUCGCUUACACGCCCCGGCUCAAACACCUGUCCAUCAUCGACAGCGUAUCCGCCACCAUGCACGCCGCUGCCGGGACGCACAACAUCCCGCCGCUCUCAUCCACCAGCCUCGAGUCCCUCCACUUUGAGAUCACCCCCGCACCCUCCACCCCGAAAUACUCGGGCGUCACAGCAAGCUACUACAACUACCUCGCCGGCUCCCUGCUCUCCGGCGGUCUCCCAAACCUCCGCGCAGUCUACGUCCGCGACCCCAACUUCCCCGAUCUCCUCCUCGGCCUGCCCCCGCCCGCCCCCUCCUUCGCCGAAGGCCGCCUCGCGCGCCCCGCAAGCAGCGGUUCCCUCUCGCCCUUCGCCUCCCCGAACAGACCCUCCCAUCAAGGCGGUAAUGGUGGCUUCCCGCCUUUACUACCCCCGUCAGCGCCCUUCACAGGAGGAGGCGGACGGGGCCACCGCCCGCAGGGGUCUGUCUCCUCGCUGAACGGCUCCUCCUUCAACCCCCGCUUCAGCAGUAACAACCCCUUUGCUGCUUCCCUCGCAUCUCCCGCUGGUUUUGCUCCUCCUCCUGCUGGGGGUGUAGGCGUGGGCGGAGGCGCGGGAGGAGAAUUCACAAACCUCCCCGCAAAACUCGAGGUCUUCACCAAGAGCGAUGACGACCAGCUGGGCUGGUCGUUUGUCCGUGUUGGCGGUGUUGGCGGUGGCGGUCACGGAGGGAGAAGAGGAGGCGGGUUGAACAACGCGGCGGCGGCGGUGGGUGGCAUGAGGCCUGAGCGGCCGCUGAGUAGUUAUGGUCUGGGGGCGGAUGUGUUGGGCGGCAGCGCGGCCGGGUGGAGUAGUGGCGCCGGGGCCAGACGGAGUGUGCUUGUCAGUGGCAGGGGGGAGGGCGGAGGGGGUGGGGGGUUUUUGGCGGUGCCGAGUGAGGGUUUUGGAGGCAGGGGUGCUGGAAGGAAGGGGAUGGAUGGAGGGCAGUCUGUGGGUGGUGGUGCUGAUGGGUUUGGGGAUGGUGGUGAGAAUGAAUGGCCGAGGCCGAAGAGCAGUGCUGGCGAGAGGAAGAGGGAGAAGUUGGAUUUGUGGCGGUGAGGUCGGGAGGACUGGGAGUGGAUGUUCCUGACUGAUGGGGCCUCUACAUCAUCCUAUAAGGAGUGUGACGCCGAACAGGGCGAUAUCAUUGUGAGAAGUGCCCCACCUCCGUGAAAGGGGUUACUCUCUCUGUGAAAGACGGGAGAGAAGAGGAAACGCGUUUGUGGCUUGUUGGUUGUUGGGAGACCUGGGAGAUGCGGGAACUCAAACAAACUGUCAUGGUUUCUGGCUGGUUCAACAAGGACAGUUUGGCGUGCUGGCGUCUGAGGUGGGAGCU